AGACGCGCUCGGGGCCGCGCUCGGGGCCGCGCCAGGCCACGGCCAGCGCGCCGCAGCCCCGGCGGCCGAGCGGAGCCCGGGCGGCCUGGCGGUGCGAGCCCCGCGCGGCGUGCGGAGCGGAGCGGCCCGCGGCUGAGACAGGUGCACGUGUGGAAGCUGCCGUGACACGGAACUGUCCGGAGCUGAGAGUCCCGGGUACCUAGUUAUUCCUCACGAGUGUUACCUUGAGCGUGGGUCACCUCUGUGUUUCAGACGGGGAACUGAUGUAAGGGGCUCGGUAGGAAGUGGCGAGCCGAUCGAAGCUGUUUGCCUGCCUCCCGCACUGCCCCUCCCAUGCUCCUGUUGUACUCGGUGAAUCAGUCAUCUAUUUAUGCCCCAGUGAAGCGUCUCAGGCUGGGCGUGGAGAUCUGCGGCAGUGAUUGGAGGAAACACUGCGCGAGCCCCGGUCCGGGUCAUCGCGUCCUGCCUGCACCGGAGGGAGCUUUGCCUCGGGGUCGAGCAAACCAGAAACUAAUCUACCGACAGAAACCGUCUCCGCCAGUCAAGAGACCCUCACAAGCACUUUGCCAUGGAUGUAGAAGAAGAAGAAAACAUGAUGCUGUUUGCUUAGCGUCACAAGCAUCUACUUCUAGAUUAUGUACCGUGACGCGAGGGCUGACUUGUCAGGGCACUUGUUCGAGCAGCACAGAUGUUAAGGAAAGCUGCGGUCUGGACAGCGCGCUCCCCACGGACGGCAGCGCCCCCGGGCCUGGCGAGGGCGCCCCGCUCUCCAACGGGGGUGGUGGCGGCACCGGCCGGAAGCGGCCCCUGGAGGAGGGCAGCAAUGGCCACGCCAAGUUCCGCCUGAAGAAGAGGAGGCGGCCGCCGGGGCCCGCGCUGCCCAAGAACGCCCUGAUGCAGCUGAACGAGAUCAAGCCCGGCCUGCAGUACGCGCUGCUGUCGCAGACGGGGCCGGUGCACGCGCCUCUGUUCGUCAUGUCCGUCGAAGUGAACGGGCAGGUGUUCGAGGGCUCCGGCCCCACCAAGAAGAAGGCCAAGCUGCACGCCGCGGAGAAGGCCCUGCGCUCUUUCGUUCAGUUCCCCAACGCCUCUGAGGCCCACCUGGCCAUGGGGAGGACCCUGUCCGCCAACACGGACUUCACGUCCGACCAGGCUGACUUCCCCGACACGCUCUUCAACGGCUUCGAGACCCCGGACAGGUCGGAUGCGCCCUUCUACCUGGGCUCCAACGGGGACGACUCCUUUAGUUCCAGCGGGGACCUCAGCUUGGCCGCGUCCCCGGCACCCGCCGGCCUCGCGCAGCCUCCCCUGCCCGGCCCUCCGCCGUUCCCGCCGCCGAGCGGGAAGAACCCCGUGAUGAUCCUGAACGAGCUGCGGCCGGGGCUCAAGUACGACUUCCUGUCGGAGAGCGGGGAGAGCCACGCCAAGAGCUUUGUCAUGUCUGUGGUGGUGGACGGCCAGUUCUUCGAGGGCUCGGGCCGGAACAAAAAGCUCGCCAAGGCCCGGGCUGCACAGUCUGCCCUGGCGACCAUUUUUAAUUUGCACUUGGAUCAAACACCGUCUCGCCAGCCCAUCCCCAGCGAGGGCCUUCAGUUGCAUUUACCACAGGUGUUAGCAGAUGCCGUGGCUCGCCUGGUGCUGGAUAAGUUCGGUGACCUGACGGACAACUUCUCCUCUCCUCACGCACGUAGGAAAGUUCUUGCCGGCAUCGUCAUGACAACAGGCACAGAUGUGAAAGAUGCCAAGGUGAUAAGUGUCUCUACGGGAACAAAGUGCAUUAAUGGCGAGUACAUGAGUGAUCGUGGCCUUGCGUUAAAUGACUGCCACGCGGAGAUAGUAGCUCGGAGGUCCCUGCUCAGAUUUCUUUAUACACAGCUUGAGCUUUACUUAAAUAGCAAAGACGAUCAAAAAAGGUCCAUCUUUCAGAAGUCAGAGCGCGGCGGGUUCAGGCUGAAGGAGAGCGUUCAGUUCCAUCUGUACAUCAGCACGUCUCCCUGUGGGGACGCCAGAAUUUUCUCGCCGCACGAGCCGAUUCUGGAAGGGGCUGCUGCACUUGUUUCCCGUGAGGAGAGGAGAGGACUUUCACCUGGCCUUCCUCUCCUAGAACCAGCGGACAGGCAUCCAAACCGCAAAGCCAGAGGACAGCUGCGGACGAAAAUAGAGUCUGGCGAAGGCACGAUUCCAGUGCGGUCCAACGCCAGCCUGCAGACGUGGGACGGGGUGCUGCAGGGCGAGAGGCUGCUCACCAUGUCCUGCAGCGACAAGAUGGCCCGGUGGAACGUGGUGGGCAUCCAGGGCUCACUGCUCAGCAUCUUCGUGGAGCCGAUUUACUUCUCGAGCAUCAUCCUGGGCAGCCUCUACCACGGGGACCACCUCUCCAGGGCCAUGUACCAGCGGAUCGCAAACAUAGAAGACCUGCCCCCGCUGUACGCCCUCAACAAGCCUCUGCUCAGCGGCAUCAGCAACGCAGAAGCGCGGCAGCCGGGGAAGGCACCCAACUUCAGCGUCAACUGGACGGUGGGUGACUCGGCCAUCGAGGUCAUCAACGCCACGACGGGGAAGGACGAGCUGGGCCGUGCAUCCCGCCUGUGUAAGCACGCCUUGUACUGUCGCUGGAUGCGUGUGCACGGCAAGGUUCCCUCCAACUUGUUACGGUCCAAGAUUACUAAGCCCAACAUGUACCAUGAAUCCAAACUGGUAGCAAAGGAGUACCAGGCCGCCAAGGCGUGUCUGUUCAAAGCGUUCAUCAAGGCGGGGCUGGGCGCCUGGGUGGAGAAGCCCACAGAACAGGACCAGUUCUCUCUCACACCCUGACCUGGGGCCUGGGGCCGGGGCUGCUGCGUCCAGCGCUGUCUCCAGAAUGUCCCGUCUGGACUGGGGGCAGGUGUGGGGACGCGGGGUGCUGGGCAUCCAGCACUUUCUCCGGAACGUCCCGUCUGGAUUGGGGGCAGGUGUGGGGACGCAGGGUGCUGGGCGUCCAGCGUGGGGACGCGGGGUGCUGGGCGUCCAGCGCUUCCUCCGGAACGUCCCGUCUGGAUUGGGGGCAGGUGUGGGGACGCGGGGUGCUGGGCAUCCAGCACCGUCUCCGGAACACGUGUCUGGACUGGGGGCGGGCGUGCACUUCGGGGAGGGUGGGGAGGGUGUUGGGGUUCAGUGUCCCCACCUGGCACCCCUGUGCAGCGGCAUUACCCCUUUGAAUUAUCCAGUGACUGCUUUCAAUCUCCGUUUACGUUUAGAAAUUGAGUUCUACUGAGUAGGGCUUCCUUAAGUUUAGGAAAAUAGAAACUACUUUGUGUGAAAUUUUUGAAUAAAUAAUUUAUUCAGAGUUA